CUGCACGAAAACUGAGGUCCUAGCUGCCGUUUUCACUCGGCCUCGUACAGUGUCUGGCAUAUCAUAGGUGUCCGAUAGACGGUUGUUGAACGAAUGAAUGAAGAAUGAGGUCGGGAAGGACUGCUCGACUAACUCGCACCCUUAUGGGAAGCUACUGCCCUUCUUGUGAUUCAGCCCGGAUCCUUCUAGCAUACUGCGACCUCCAGGAACGAAAGGAGAGAGAAAGUGGCCGCAGGGAAAGAGGAACCAGAUUCCAAUUAGCAUCUCCCAGUGGGUUCCAGUAUGCAGCCGGUUGGUACCUUUGUCUCCUACACAGGGACAGUGGGGCAGGGCUCUGUCUGGCAUUUUCCAGGCCAGGGAUUGAGCCUGCAACCGAGGGGCCCCAGAUGAGCCAGUCCUUAGCAUGUGGUGGAUCAGAACAGAUUUCUGGAAUAGACAUACAGCUGAGUAGGAAGUAUCACACUACAAAUAAGUUUUCUACUACCAAGGAUUUCCCACAGCCAGUUGAGGAGAAGGUUGGCACCUUCACGAAGAUAAUAGAAGCCAUGGGAUUCACAGGACCUUUGAAAUACAGUAAAUGGAAGAUUAAGAUUGCAGCCCUACGAAUGUAUACUAGCUGUGUGAAGAAAACUGACUUCGAGGAAUUCUUUCUAAGGUGUCAGAUGCCUGAUACAUUCAAUUCAUGGUUUCUUAUAACUCUUCUUCAUGUCUGGAUGUGUCUAGUCCGAAUGAAGCAGGAAGGCCGGACUGGGAAAUACAUGUGUCGUAUCAUAGUUCAUUUUAUGUGGGAAGAUGUUGAGCAGCGUGGCAGAGUGAUGGGGGUUAAUCCCUAUAUCCUGAAGAAGAACAUGAUGGUUAUGACAAAUAAUUUCUAUGCAGCAAUCUUGGGAUAUGAUGAGGGGAUCCUUUCAGAUGAUCAUGGGCUGGCUGCUGCCCUAUGGAGAACCUUCUUCAACCAGAAAUGUGAAGACCCCCGACAGCUUGAACUAUUGGUGGAAUAUGUGAGGAAACAGAUUCAGUACCUGGACUCCAUGAAUGGUGAGGAUCUGCUUCUAACCGGGGAGGUGAGCUGGCGCCCUCUAGUGGAGAAGAAUCCUCAGAGCGUCCUGAAGCCCCAUUCCCCAGUUUAUAAUGACGAGGGUCUUUGAUGGGCUGGUCCCUCUGAGCAGCUGGCCCGCUGGUGUUGAAGAACCACCAGAGAAGAAGUGCCCAGGACCCUGCAGAAAGUGGCCUGAACUGACCUAUGAACAGCAUCUGUCAACUACCUGGCCCCAUUUGUGUUGAUUUUCCUCUUAGUGUACCCAGGAAUUUGAUCUGGUCGGGGUUAGUAAUGGGAGAAGCUCUUUUGGGGUGUUUUCUCCCUCAUGAGAAGCCCUGAGCAAGAGCUCCCCAGCAAACAUUCUCUAAGUCCCCUCUAGCAACCUUGUGAUGGACAGCUUUUCCCAAAGGCCGCAGAAGGGAUGGGGGUACAUUAGAAAGAGGACACCCCACCCAGGGCCCACUGUGGCCCAGGAGCAGUUUGUAAUGCUGCUGAGUCAAGAUGGGUAGCCAUGCUCUGUCCGCCGGCUGUGAGCUGUGGGGUUGCGUUGGCCAUUAAAAGAGUCAGAUUGAACUCUCCCAUGAUUCUUCUCUAAUCCAGGGUCUUUCAGAAACUCACCUGAGGCGGCAGGUGCUAUAAGCCGAGGGUACCCCCCGCUCAGAGACACAGGCAGGGAGAGGCUCAGGAGGGUCCCUGCUGCUGCCUUUGCCUCCAAUUCACGGAGAUGUCACUGUUCUGGCUCGUCCAUGGCUUGCCAGGCCCUGUCCUCUGGGCCCCAAAGGCCUCUGAUGACCAAGUGCUUGUCAUAUCCCAAGUCAUAUGGAAAGAGGCCUCAAGAACAGUGAACCAGGUGAGGACAUGCUGUCUUUCCUCUCUCGGUUCCCCCUUGUAUGAGAUGUUGAGGAGGAGAAGAAAACAUUCUUCCUGGCUUUGCUGUACCAUCACAGGGCCCAGCCUUGUGCCCAGCUUCCUAUGCCCUUCCCAGCUUCUGAGCCUGUGCUAUCGAGCCAGCUGGGCCUGGGCACUUGAGGACCAGUCCCCUCCUCCCUCUGAGUGUGGGUCAUCUCUUGGGGGAUUUUCUUUAAAUUGAAGAAAGGGGGCGUGGGACCAUAUUGCCCCUCCCCCCAUCAAACUUCCUUCAUUUAACUUGCUAUAAAAUGAGUCACAUAAAGAAACUCUAUAUGGAUGAGGUAUAUCCCACUUCUGUGAAAACAUUACAAAUCAAGCCGCCUUCUCUGAGUUUAUUUAAGAUGAGUUUGUUGUGAACGGAGCUCCAGAGUGAAGCCUCCUCUGUGUGUGUGAGAUAAUAACACCUUGUAACUCAUUACAGCUGGGCACUAUUUACAUAAACCAGAGCUGAGCCAGGCAGGAAUUUGCUGAUUAAUUUAUUUUUAAUGGAGUGAAGUAUACCAUGCACCAAAAUAAACUUUACUGUGUGUACCUAA